CAAGAGUCAUGAGAAGAAAGAGUCAUGAGAAGAAGCUCAGGUAUGAAGGCGAAACUUGAUUGAUUUGUACAAGUUCAGAUAUUUCCCUUUACUGCUUUUCAAGCACAUUUUGACGUGAAAAUCAACGAGAAGUGAGGAUCAACGUGUGCCAAUGCGCAAUCGCUGCGCAAGGUUGACGCCCAUGAAUGCAUCAAAGUUGUCCACAGAGUUCCAUCAAAGAUGGCGUCUCAGCGUCGGCAAAUGAUGCAAAGCCAUCAGAGCUGGACAGAUGACCUGCCCCUGUGUCAGAUGUGCGGGGUGGGAACAGCCCCCAACUGUACCUACGGACCCGAUGGAAAGGACACCCAGAGCCACCCCAACGAGGACGGACACUUCAGGUUCAGAGGUGAGGAAGGCUGUUUCCUGUAUGGAGUGUUUAAUGGGUUUGAUGGGAGCAGAGUGUCCAGCUUCGUCUCUCAGUGUCUGACAGCAGAACUGCUUCUGGGACAGCUCAAGUCUACACACACUGACUCUGAUGUCCGCAGAAUUCUCUCACAGGCCUUCGACGUUGUAGAGAAGAGUUACUUUGAGACCAUCGGUGACGCUCUUGCAGAGAAGGCUACUAUUAUAUCCCAACUACCUGAGGGAGUAUCGUUCCACCAGCUCUCCCCCCAGAGUCAGAAGCUUUCUGAGAGGCUGAAGGACCUGGAGCAGGAAGUGUCUGGUGGAGCUACCGCUGUUGUGGCUCUGAUACACAACAACAAGCUCUACAUUGCCAACGUGGGUACCAACCGGGCCCUGCUGUGUAAGUCAACCAGCGAUGGUCAGAACCAGGUGAUCCAGAUUGGACGACCUCACACCACAGAGAACGAGGACGAGCUCCAGAGACUGGCUGGGCUGGGUCUUGAUGUGUCUGGUCUUCGUCAGGCGGCUCUGAUAGCUGGUCAGAGCAGCACCAGGAGGAUUGGAGACUACAGGGUUAAAUAUAACUACACAGAUAUAGAUCUGUUGAGCGCCGCCAAGAACAAGCCAAUCAUAGCAGAGCCGGAGAUCCAGGCCAGCCAAUCGUUAGAGGGUGUGACGGGCUUCCUGUUGCUGAUGUCAGAGGGGCUCAUCAAAGCCCUGGAGUCCGCCCACGGACCUGAACAGGCCAAUCAGGAGAUGGUAGCGAUGGUAGCAGCAGAACUAGCCCAACAGGGAAGCCUAGAGGCCGUGGCCCAGUCGGUGGUGGAGCGGGUCAAGCGGCUACACCACGAUGUCUACGCCAGCGGACGCCAGAGAGCGUCCCACUGCUCCCGUCACGAAGACAUGACGCUGCUGAUACGCACACUCAACUACACGCUGGCCGACGGCGCGCUCACACCCACACAGGGUGGUCGUAUCUACCCAGUGUCGGUGCCCUACUCCAACUGCCCCAGCAGCACCAGUAAGACCAGCGUCACCCUCUCCCUGGUCAUGCCCUCUCAGGGGGGUACCCUCACCAACGGGACCAACACAGCCUCUACUCUGGAGGAGGGCACACCCACACACACACCUGGCCAGAGUCCCACCACCACGCUCCAUUCCACCAAUAACCAGACCACCCAGAGCUCCAGCUCUUCUUCAGGAGACGGAGGCAGCCUCUUCAGACAGCGUGGCAGCCAGGCGGUGCAGCCAGACGAGACGGGACGGGUCCCUCCCUAUGUUGACUUCACCCAGUUCUACCGGCUGUGGGGGUCGGACCACGGAGACUUCCUGGGGACACAGGGGGCCUCAGCUGGGCUGGGGCCUCAGUGAUGGAGGGGGACAAUAUUUGGGCUGAAGAGAGUGAGGAAGGGAGGUAUAGGAAUGUAUUGGAAGGGUUGUGUGAUGGAUUUUGGUGAUGUUGUGGAGAUUUCAGGCUGAUAAGGCCUCCUUAGACAGAAACAGAUUUCUAUUUGUUUUACUUUAUCACCACUAUUCCUUUUCCUACAGCUGAUAACGUGUUUAUUACACUCCUAAAGGUAAUGUUAUUGAUGGGUCGGGUGGACGACAGGUAUGCAGGAAGGAAGGCUGAUCUAGCAUCAGUUUUUGCUUUAGAUAACAAUGAAUAAGAUUAUAUGGACAGGGGUGACCUGAUCCUAGCUCAUUGCUCUUACUCUGAAAUGCUUGAUAUGGCCCCAGAUCUACCUGAAUGGACUGAAUUCACCCCCAACACACAGUCAGUGAGUGUAUGUUGGCUGGCGUUUAACUCCUGUCACCUGCUCUUUGUCUGUCUGUAAACAGGGGAGGGAGGAGAGGGGGAUGAAUGAUGUGGGGUUAUCAGUCUGUCUGUAAACAAGGGAAGGAGGAGAGGGGGGUGAAUGAUGUGGGGUUAUCAGUCUGUCUGUGAACAAGGGAGGGAGGUGGGAAGGGAGAUGAAUGAUGUGGGGUUAUCAGUCUGUCUGUAAACAAGGGAAGGAGGAGAGGGGGAUGAAUGAUGUGGGGUUAUCAGUCUGUCUGUGAACAAGGGAGGGAGGUGGGAAGGGAGAUGAAUGAUGUGGGGUUAUCAGUCUGUCUGUAAACAAGGGAAGGAGGAGAGGGGGAUGAAUGAUGUGGGGUUAUCAGUCUGUCUGUGAACAAGGGAAGGAGGAGAGGGGGAUGAAUGAUGUGGGGUUAUCAGUCUGUCUGUAAACAAGGGAGGGAGGAGAGGGGGUGAAUGAUGUGGGGUUAUCAGUCUGUCUGAAGGAGGAGAGGGGGGUGAAUGAUGUGGGGUUAUCAGUGCAGGUGACACUAUGUAAUGAGCUGACAAGUGAAGGGACUCAUCUCAGCUGUCUCUUGUUACUGUAGCUCUCCGUUGAUCUCUUUCCACCCCACUCCCUCCUACUCUACCUGCCUCUUCACUCUCUUUCCACCCCACUCCCUCCUACUCUCUACCUGCCUCUUCACUCUCUCUCUUUCCACCCCACUCCCUCCUACUCUACCUGCCUCUUCACUCUCUCUCUUUCCACCCCACUCC